AUGGCAAGCACGAGUCAGACGUCAGCAGCAGCUCCGCUGGCCGCAGCAGGCUCGGCGGAGAUAGAUCGCGAAGUGCUCCUUCACUUUUUCCGAUCAACGGGCGGGAACUGUUGGACACAUCAAGAGGGCUGGGCGGAGAAUGCGGACGACCUCGGCAGCUGGUACGGGGUCACGUCGAACGCAGAGGGUCGAGUGGUGAAGUUGGAGCUGCAUGGAGAAAGACUAGAUGAUGGUGGCGUUUACACUGGCAAUAAUGUCACCGGUGGCAUACCGCGGGGGCUUGGUCGACUCGGUGCUCUUGAGGUGCUGAAUCUUUCGUACAACGAGCUCUCCGGUGGCAUACCGCCGGAGCUUGGUGGACUCGGUGCUCUUGAGGUGCUGAAUCUUAGCCGGAACAAGCUCUCCGGUGCCAUACCGCCGGAGCUUGGUGGACUCGGUGCUCUUGAGGGUCUGGAUCUUUCGUACAACGAGCUCUCCGCUGUCGGCGAAGCUGAACAUGCGCUGAGAUGGUUAACGCGGCGCAGCGAGUGCCUCAUCGUGCUCGGAGGCAACCCUUGGAUCAUGCCACCUGAGGGUGUAGUCGAGAAGGGACUACCGGCCGUUGAAUCAUAUCUCCUCGACGUGCGCAAGGCCGAGGAAGCUGGUGCGGAGGUCAAGACCCUGAAGCUGCUCAAGGUUGUCUUGGUCGGAUCCUCACAAGCUGGGAAAACCAGCUUGGUCAACAGUAUCGUCGAAGGACGCGGACUCCCCACGGUUGGGACACCGGCGGAAGUGAGCACGGUGGGCAUUGAACUACUCCGUCACAACCUUCAGGGUACAGCUGUCGAGUUCUACGAUUGCGCCGGGCAAGUGGACUACUACGGGAUGCACCAAAAUUUUCUGACCAGACGGGCUCUGUACCUCCUGGUCUGGGACGUGUUGAGAUGCCACGGAAAAACCGAUGACGACCUUGACGAGGUUAUUUUCCAGGACAUCAUGAGGUGGCUGUAUGUUCUACACCUUCGAGCACCGGGGUCCACUGUGAUAUUGGUGGCGAAUAAGUGCGAUGGCUCAAUUGAAGACUUCACGGGUACUGCCGCGGUUGUCGAGGAGCGCGUGGCGGUAUUGCGCAAGGAGUGGCGUAAGGCACGGGGGUUUUCUAGCACUCGGAUGGACAUGGACAUGACGGUACUAGAACGCUCCAGCCUGGUCAGUUGUCUAGACGGCGUUGGUUUGCAGGAGAUGAUCGACCGAAUUGCUGCUCAAAGCGCUGCGUCCAUGCGUGUGCCACCGGCCUGGGGGCUCGCUCUAACAUUCCUUGACGCUCUGAGGGAUUCGCGGGACCCGCAGCAAGCGUGUCGAGAUUGUUUAAGUCUGGGUUCACGUCCCAAGGUGGGUGCUGACCGCGAGCCUGGACGUUCGUUCUUCACGGAGAACUCCUUGGUCGAGCAAUGGAAAGGCGUCGUGCAGAACGUCGAAGGCGAGCUACGGUCCGAUGCAGAGAAGAUGGCGGUGUCAGAUCCAGAUGGUGCGAUCGAAGGCGCUCUUUGGAUAAGUGAGUUUGCCGGACAGGUCCUUCGCGUUGCCAAUGGGGACGGUGUAUUCCUGGACGUCGUGUGGCUCUCAACCGCCUUGAAGCCCAUCCUAGACCAUAAGCUUGUACACAAGGUGUUUCCUCAACACUUUGCAGGAAUGAGGAAUGAGCUUGUCCACAAUGGAAUACUCCGAAUAGCGUUCGCAGAACACCUUUGGAGCGAUGUGAUGGAAAUAACGGUACCCGAGGAAGUGCUGGAUGCCCUCUGCCGUGUGAUUGUCAACCUCGGCGUUGCUCUUCCUCUCGAACCAGCUAGUCUGUUGCCCGGCAGUGGCCGCGCCCUUGCAACUGGUCGCCCCAACAUCAGCCGGCAAGACAUGUUGGUGAUCAUGCGGCUACCCGAAACAUGCGGAGCGGAGCACGAACUGCAGGAGCUGAUCUCAGACCAAAUGAGAAGACACAGCGAUCGGGAGGUCACCCUGAUGUGGAGGUUCGACAGUGCAGGACCUCCGUACGGGCUUGUGGAGCGCGUGAUCGCCUCGUGUCAUGCCGUUGGUGUCGUCGAGAUGGGGCUGUGCUGGAGAUAUGGUGCUGUCUUCCAGAGUCGUGCGAUGGCCACGUCCGACGGAUCCGACAGGUUGUAUACAUUUGUCGUUCGCUAUGACUCCGCUGUCGGCAACGAGCGGAGGAUUCUGUCGAUGAGGAUGUUCGGACCCCUCCAGGACAACAGGGUGUGGGCAGCGCUGCGCUGGGUGGCCUCGUCAGUGGUGAACAUUUCUAAGGAUUGGCCUGGCGUGCUGUGGGAAGGCUGGCCGCAGUGUGCCAGACGCCACAGGAACCGAACCUACUUCGCAACAUCGGACAAGGCAAGUAUUGGGGACUUUUUACUCGCGGACGCAGCUACGGGUGCGACCCGUCGCGGGUGUGACUGCCUGGCCGUGGAGGGCACGGUGCUAAGACUGGUACUCGAGCGCCUAGGCAAAGUCGUCGAUACUCAGGCGCCGCCUGCAAGUGACGUUGAAGGUGUCCGGCGGACAAAAGCAGCGUGCGCCGGUUGCAAGGAGACUUUCUCUGUGUUGGAACCUUCUGCCGGGAGUGCUGCCGGGUGGUGCUGGGGCGCAUCCCUCGCUUUUCUGGGCGUAGGCGUGACUCUGAGAGAGUUUGAUGCAACGGGGUGGGGGAUUUGCUUGGGGCUGAUGGGGCUAUUCGUGAUCGGAGCCGGGGCAGCUACGCUGGUUGCCUGUCGGUUCGAAAUCCGAACAGCCCGGGAAGAAAAUGCGAGACGGACAACAGGGAUUCCUACGCAAGGUGCUCCAGACAAUGUGUAGAGUCGAUGUUCCUUGCUUGGGGUUUACUGUUACAGGUGCAUCCAUCGUUUCUGCAACACUGAGUCUGAGACAUUUGAGCUUUGGAGCAUACGCGUAUGUUUUGUGUUGUUUGGCCGAAGGCGGGGUUUAAUUCCAGAUUUUGUUUGUUCUCGGCGAUACCUCGCCCCGGCUGGGUGAUACAAGGGCAGGGACAUUUGAACGCCGGGUGUGCAGAGAGAGAAUCCCGUUAUGGUGGGCUCGUUGCGGUAAUGUCUCGUUGCCUGUUGGGCUACAAUUUUCGUUCAUCACGUCAUUGGGUGAGUGGCGUGAUUCGACGACGAUGCCCGUUGCGGGCACCGAUCUUCAGCACGCACUCGCUAACAUGAUGUGCGAUGGGUUUGUUUACGAUGCGGGUAUGAUUGGUUCAGCUCGUAUCUUUCUGAUGUCGCGCAGUAGACCCAGCAAAUGACGAGAACUCGGCAGCGGAGAUGUGAGGGUCUGUUCCCAAAAUGCCAUUUUUAUCAUUUGGGAACGACAGCCACCAGCGUGCACCGCGCAAGUUCACUCCUAUACCUCAAAGUUGUAGGAACUUUUUGUGCAGUUUUUGUGGAAGAGACAAUCCUGUGCCUGAGUUGAUGUAAAGGCAAAUACUACGCCAUGAGUGGGCAUUUUUACAGAUGUGAGGUGAAGCAAAGAAAAUAUGUCAUGGUGCUCGAAGCACUUGUACGUGCCGCUAGGAGAUUGCAGCCACGGGCGCACGAAAAAGGCCACUUUGCGUAAACCGUCACCGUCGUGGCUGUAAA